GUUGUAUGGCGCGUGCAGCUCUCCGCAUUGAACAAAACACACACUUUAGCGCUAUUUUAUAGGUGUAGCUGUCUGAAGCGGCAGCGUGUACCUCCGGCCGGUCGAGUUCUGUGUAAACGUGUGUAUUUCUGGGCUGGUGUAGCCUAGGGCGCCGAGCUGUUGGUUUUGUGUCCUGCUCCUGGCCUUUUCGGCCCAGUGUGAGUGACUGAGUGCGGGCACUCGCACGCGCCGUGAGCGCGCAACGUGCCUGUAUGUCCGUCGCGCGCCGUGCUUACGGAGGAAGACGGCUUUGCCGGGCAGCAGAAACCCUCAAGUUUGACCAUCAUGGCUGAUCCUGAUAUUGAUUUCACGAGUGGAGACGCCGGGGCCUCUGCUACCUUCCCCGUGCAGUGCAGCGCGCUGCGCAAGAACGGCCAUGUGGUCCUGAAGGGUCGCCCCUGCAAGAUCGUAGAAAUGUCUACUUCCAAGACUGGUAAACACGGUCAUGCUAAGGUUCACCUUGUGGGAAUUGACAUUUUUACUGGCAAGAAGAAUGAAGAUAUUUGCCCUUCAACCCACAACAUGGACGUUCCAAACAUCAAGAGAAAUGACUAUCAGCUGAUUGGCAUCACAGAUGGUUUCCUCUCCCUGAUGAAGGACAACGGUGAAGUUCGUGAGGACCUCCGCCUGCCGGAGGGGGACCUGGGAAAGGAAAUUGAGACCAAGUAUGAGGCUGGCGAAGAGAUGCUGAUCUCAGUGCUGUCUGCUAUGGGGGAGGAGUGUGCCGUCGCCAUCAAGGCCAUGACCAAGUAAAGCAGAGAAGGCUGGUUGAUCAGGCUGAGACAGAGCGCCACAAAUCUUACAUCUCAGUUAUUGUCACCAAAGCUCUGGCCUUCACCAACAACCUUGAAUUGUUUCCGUUGCGUUUUCCAAAACCGUGCUGGACUAUUACAGCCCUCCUGUAGGGUGAUUGGCAUUCAGCCAGAUCACUGAGGUUUAUUUCUUCCCCCUUCCUUUUUGCGUUCAGCAUGAUGAUCCAGCCACUUAAAAUUCCUGAAUGUUUUAAAGAUAGAUUAUGAAAUCCUUUUUACUGUUACACUCGUCAUUGUGCAUUCCUUUUGAGAGACAUUUAUUUUGACUUGAGAAUUUAAAUCAGCAGACACCUAAAUUAUUUCUCUGUCCCAUUUCUGGGGACUGUACUUCUCACAGUGUGGUAUAUGGUAUCUCUAGUGCCUGAUCCAUGGAUGUGAUGCCCUAGAAUAAAAAAAAAAAUACUCUAUUUGCCAUCCAAGCAGGCUUUGAGUUACUUGGCCAAGAAAACAAACCUCAGUGAUUUGUCGGUGCCUGUCUGCCUUGCAGAAACAACUUGCAAUGACGCGGGACCCAGUGGCCAUGCACGAUUACCUCUGUACGCGACGCCAAAUCGGUGGCCGUCAUUGGCAACCUUGCAACGCUGUUAAAGCCUGCAACAUGUUUCAUUAGUGAGUAGGCUUUUCCUGAAUGUUGUGCUGAUGCCUUGUGAUGUGCUGUGGAGGGAAUCUACCAGGGGUGAGGGCAUUACCGUGACCUUUUGGUUUUUUCUCACUCGAGGCCUUUGUCACCAGAAUGAAAAUUAAAAAAAAAAAAAAAA